GGGAGCUGGGUUGAACAAUAGCUGCUGGUGUAUCGACCUCUGGUGAACACACUCCUUGCUUUAUCCACAAUUAGCGAUACAUCUCCACGGGCCACAGCUUCACCCAGGCGCUGCAUCGCUGCAUUGAUCCAGCAGUGACGUGCCACGUCCCUUGCUAUCUCGGGCUGGGGUUCCGACUUUCCCCACACGCGACUCCUGCUUCGCGCCCUGCUCGAGGCUAGGACACCGACGUCGACGACAGCAUGAUACAGUCCACGCGUCGCUGGUUCAGGCGGAACCGAACCAACUUUGCCAUCGGAGCUGGCGUGCUGGGCGCUGGCUAUCUGGCGGGGCAAUAUGUGCUAGGGAAGCUGUCCGAGGCAAGGCAGCGCAUGGGCGAUGAGCGCAUCGCGAAGGAGAAUCUACGCAGGCGCUUCGAACAGAACCAGGAAGACUGUACCUUCACGGUCCUUGCCAUCCUGCCCACGGCGACGGAGAACAUUCUCGAUGCGAUACCCGUCGAGCAAGUACUGGAAGAGCUGCAGAGGCAGAAGGCACAACGAUUAGCACGGAGCGUUGGACCCAGCGAGAUUGCCAGCUCAGCACCACCCAGUGUAGCAGACACGACCGAGGAUGACGCGCAAAGCUCAAGCCUGCAGACAGACAGCUUUGUUCAUACCAGCCAGGUGGGUACAGAAGGUGGUAGCAGCACAGGCCCCGCCGAAGGGAACUCCGGAGCAAGUGACGAGCAAAAGAGCAAGAAGAGCAAAGCGCAACUUUGGAAUGAGAUGAAGAUUAGCUCGAUAACACGUGCUUUUACACUCGUCUAUACACUCUCUCUCCUCACGCUCCUCACCCGCAUCCAGCUAAACCUCCUCGGCCGCCGCAACUACCUCGCAUCCGUCGUCUCGCUGGCCGCCCCACAACCUGCCAGUGAAGAAUCGCGAAUCAAUCUCGAAAACAACGACGACGACAACUUCGAGCAGGCAUACGGAAACGACUUUGAGACGAAUCGAAGAUAUCUGAGUCUGAGCUGGUGGUUACUACACAGGGGCUGCCUUGACCUCAUCGAGAAGGUGAGGGUAGCGGUCCAGGAGGUCUUCGGUCUCCUGAACCCGCGAGAAGAGAUUACCCUGGAGAGACUAUCAGAGCUCACACUGGAAGUACGCAAGAAGGUCGAGGGUGCCACCGAGGAGGAGAGAAGAACAUGCAAGUGGCUCUCUUACCUGCUCCCAUCGCAAGACCAAGAAGACUACGUUCUCCGCGAAUCCGGCAUGACUUCCUCUUCCGAGUCUACAUCGCCUACCACAACCACCUCUCUCCGCCGCCUAAUUGACGAAACGUCAGACCUCAUCGACUCCCCAUCCUUCACACACGUCCUCACUCUCCUCCUCGACGCCGCCUUUUCCCACCUCGUCGACGUCAAGAUAUCCCAACUCUCGUACAAGAUUCCACCCAUCUCCGACAACCACGCCCGCGUUCAAGAAAUUGUGGGUAGCGAUGUAAAAGCUAAAGUUGCAAAUUCGCUAGCCGUCUUUUGCAGACAAGCCCACAGUAUCGGCAGUGGAGCAAACAAUGAGUACCUGGCGGCUAUUGAGCAGGUUAGGGAUCUAGAGGCAUUUGCUGCUGUGGUCUACUCGAGCAAUUUCGAGUUUGAGAGCCCAGAAGGAGCUGCUGUCCUCAGUAGUAGGCCAGGGACAGCAGAGGGACCACCACCUCCAGCGACAAGUUUGGCUGCACCUCCAACGCCGAAUUUGGCUACAGACUCUGGGUUUGAGAGUGCGUGGGGCAAGGCGCUGGCCAAGGAGGAUGGGAAGGCAUAUUGAAUCAACAGAGAUGACAUGAUUUGUACGAUAGGAUUGGAAAGAGGUGGUGGAUAUGGUUGCAGUAGGAAUUCACGAUAGAUACCCGCAAUUUGACUUAAUUUAAUCAAUUCACGAAC